AUGGGCAGAUUCGAGACAAAGGAUACAGUUGCCGUGUGUGGAGGCAAGCUCCUCAAGCUUUCUCACGCUUCGGAAUACACAAAGACCUCGAUGGACGUGAACGUCUAUCUUCCACCGCAGUACGAGGCUUCGGGGGCGAAGAAGCUGCCUGUUCUGUUGUAUCUUUCCGGGUUGACGUGUACACCUCAAAACGUUUCCGAGAAGUCGUUUUUACCAUACUUCGCCAGCAAGCACGGGUUUGCGCUUGUCUUCCCAGAUACGUCCCCAAGAGGUGCCGGUAUCAACGGCGAAGACGAGAGUUGGGACUUUGGUACCGGGGCCGGGUUCUACGUAGACUCCAUCAGAGAGCCAUGGAAGAAGAACUACAACAUGUACUCGUACGUGCUCAAGGAGUUGUUGCCGCUGGUCAGCGAAGAGUUUGGCCAGCUGGACGUUCUCGAGAACUGCUCCAUCACGGGCCAUUCGAUGGGUGGGUACGGCGCCCUCAUGAUGUACAUGCGUAACCCGGGGCGGUUCAAGUCGUGCAGUGCGUUUGCACCUAUUGCUAACCCGAGUGUCGUUCCGUGGGGGGAGAAGUGCUUCGGGAACUACUUGGGCGAGGACAAGGCGGAGUGGUACAAGUACGACCCAUGCCAUUUGGUCAAGGCGUACGCAGGCAACCCGCAGGUGGCCGACGAGAAGAUCUUGAUCCACGUCGGCACGAAGGAUGUCUUCAACUACAGAGACCACCAGUUGAGAUGCGAGAACUUGGUCGAGGCAGCCAAGGGCACCAAGUUGGCAGGCUCGAUCGACUUGAACGUCGUUGACGGCUACGACCACAGCUACUACUUCAUCUCCUCGUUUGUUCCGGAACACGUGGAAUUCCACUUGAAGUACCUCACUAAAUGA